UUGCAUCUGGCUAAUGGUAGGAGUAAAUGUCGAACAUCAUCGCAGUUUGUUCGUGAUUUUUAGCGACAUACAUUAAUAAACUAAGCACACUAUACCAGGCUUUCAAAUGGUAUGCAACGAAAACAGCCGCGAUGUAAAAUAUCCAUAAUGGAGCGCAAUUGCUGCGCUCCUGAUCGUGGCCUGUCUAUAACUACCAGCAGUUGGGUGUCCAGACUUCUUCCGCAUUUUCCUACGACUUUCGGGCUGUGACGUGAGUGCUGACGGCGGCCUUGGUGCUGGCGGAGCUGGGGGCUGUAGCGAUUAUCAGUGGAGCUUCGAAAGUCUCGGCCCCUCCCUCCCUGCGCCUCAGCGGCCCGCCCAGCUAGCACAAACUCCCGAUUGAAUCCUGCCCGAGUCUGGGGAAACCGGACGGCCUGGAAAUCGUGAGAGGCCAACCUGUACUACACAAUCUGUGCUGCAGUGACAAAUGAGGUGUAAGGACAAUGGAUGAGGAUGAGACAAGGCUUGCACUCCAUUCCCAGGAUCCUAAAAUCAUUCUCCAUGGAUCAGGUGCCCUUUGUGAGGCAUUGGAAAAUCUCCCUGGUCUUUGUGGUUGAAUCUGUGUUUGAAAUUCACUGCUCGACCAAAGACUGUAAAAAUGCGACCUGAUGCGUCUCUGCUUGACACUCAGCAUUAAGGAGAUAGAUUGGGAUGAGGGUGGUGCUGGAGGGGAGGAGUUUGUGGUGGAGCUGCAGGAGACGGUGCUGGUGUUGGAGGGGGAGGGGGAGGGAAUGGCGGUGCAUGGGUUCGCUCCAGAGGAGCUGGUGAUCCAGGAUGCGGUUGAGGACGUGGUGUCUGAGUAUGUGCACUGCGACGAGGACGAGGAGGUUGCUGUGGAGACAUGUGUGAUGUCGCUGGAGGGGGAGGACGAAGGCGUUGCCAUGGGGGACAUGGCUGAGGAUGAGAUGGUGGCAGACGGGCAUGCCCAGGAUGAACUGGACCCAGAGCAAGACACAGACGGCUGUGGGGACUACCUCAUGAUCUCCUUGGAUGAGGCAGGCAAGAUGGUGUCAGACGACGGCACAGAGGUGACUGUGGAGGGAGCCGUGGAGGACCAGGUGGAGAAGGACGAGGAUGGCCAGGAGGUGAUCAAGGUGUACAUCUUCAAGGCAGACUCUGGGGAGGAUGACCUGGGAGAAACGGAGGACGCAGCACUGACGGACUCUACAGGCCGAACUCUCCGAGAGAAGAUGGUGUACAUGUCUCAGGGGGACCAUGGUGCAUCAAAGAUAUCUGAUGAGGUUUACAUGGAGGUGGUGGUGGGGGGUGAGGAGCCAGUGACCCAUGAGCGGUCUUACGAUGGCACGGCUCUCAGUAAGGACUUCAUGCCUGUGGCUUGGGCAGCCGCUUAUGGUUCUGAGGACAGUGAAAGCUGUGAGAACCGGAACGGUGCCGCCAGUGCUCUGCUGCACAUUGACGAGUCAGACGGAGUGGACAAGGUCAGCAGGCAACGGAACAAGAAUAAGAGAACAAGGGCUGAGCCUCGCCAGGUCCAGACAGCCAUCAUUAUUGGUCCGUAUGGCCAGCCUCUGACCGUGUACCCCUGCAUGCUCUGUGGCAAGAAGUUCAAGUCGCGAGGCUUCCUGAAGCGCCACACCAAAAACCACCACCAGGAUGUCCUGACCAGGAAAAAGUACCAGUGCACGGACUGUGACUUCACCACCAACAAGAAGGCCAGCCUUCAUAACCACAUGGAGGGGCACACGCUGAGCAGCAAGGGUCUGUUUGAGUGUGAGGUGUGUGGCAAGGAGUUCCACCAGCAGGCGGUGCUCUUCUCGCAUCGAUUGCAGCACCACCACCGUGAGCCCAAGAGUCCGGUGCCUUCACAGGCCAACAAGAUGCACAAGUGUAAGUUCUGUGACUACGAGACGGCUGAACAAGGUCUGCUCAACCGCCACUUGUUGGCUGUCCAUAGUAAGAGCUUCCCCCACAUCUGUGUGGAAUGUGGCAAGGGCUUCCGGCACCCCUCCGAGCUGAAGAAACACAUGCGCACGCACACUGGCGAGAAGCCUUACUCUUGCCUCUACUGCGACUACAAGUCGGCUGAUUCCUCCAACCUGAAGACUCAUGUCAAGACCAAGCACAGCAAAGAGAUGCCCUUCAAGUGUGAGCGCUGCUUCCAAACGUUUGCUGAGGAAGAGGAGUUGCUGCAGCACGGGCUGACGCACGAGGAGGCCAAAACCCACCUGUGUGCCCACUGUGAACACAAGAGCUCCAACUCCAGUGACCUGAAGCGCCACAUCAUAUCGGUGCACACCAAGGACUACCCCCACAAAUGUGCCGUCUGCGAUAAAGGCUUCCACCGGCCAUCUGAACUGAAGAAGCACUCUGCGUCGCACCGUGCCAAGAAACUGCACCAGUGCCGACACUGCAACUUCAAGAUCUCGGACCCCUUUGUGCUUAGUCGCCAUAUCCUGUCGGUCCACACCAAGGAGCAACAGGCCUCUCCUGAAAAGAACGGGGCCAAAAGGACCUUAUUGGGGCCUUCCCCUGCCAGUCCACCGGUGGCAAGGAAGCAGGUGUUGGUACCUGGUGCUAGUUCUAGUGCUGCGGGCAUGGCCAAGGGGCCCAGGGAGAGGAGGGUGUACCAGUGUCAGUACUGUGACUACAGCUCUGGGGAUGCCUCGGGCUUCAAGCGCCAUGUGAUCUCCAUCCACACAAAAGACUACCCCCACCGCUGUGAGAUCUGCUCUAAAGGCUUCCGCAGGCCCUCGGAGAAGAGCCAGCAUAUCGCACGCCACCACAAGGACUUAGUGCAGGCAGAGUGACCCUGGCACAACCUACCCCUUAUACCACAACAAAAACACAGAUGGAACCAUUACCACACCGUAAUCAAUUGUAUGUAUGUGUGUAUACUGAACAAAAAUAUAAAUGCAACCAUUUCAAAAA